AUCUUAGAAGUUUUUAAACAAGUUAGUAUCAAUAUCCCUUUCUUAGAUGCCAUUAAACAAAUUCCUGCCUACUCUAAAUUUUUAAAGGAUCUUUGCACUGUUAAAAGAAACACUAAUGUUCCUAAAAAGGCGUUUUUAACUGAACAAGCUAGUUCCAUUAUUCAAUAUAAGAGUCUUGUUAAAUAUAAAGAUCCUGGGUGUCCCACAAUUUCAUGCAUUAUUGGUGAUCAUUUUAUUAACAAAGCUUUACUUGAUUUGGGUGCUAGUGUAAAUUUAUUGCCUUAUUCUGUUUAUAAGCAACUUGGUCUUGGUGAGCUAAAACCUACCUCUAUAACUCUUCAAUUAGCCGAUCGUUCUGUAAAAAUUCCUAGAGGCAUUAUAGAGGAUGUUUUGAUAAAAGUUGAUAAAUUUUAUUUUCCUGUUGACUUCAUUGUUCUUGAUACUCAACCUGUGGAAAAUAUGCAUGCUCAAAUUCCUAUCAUUUUAGGUAGACCAUUCUUAGCUACAUCCAAUGCAAUCAUAAAUUGUCGUAAUGGUGUUUUGAAAUUAUCUUUUGGAAAUAUGACUGUUGAAUUGAAUGUUUUU